AUGCUGAAUGGACCGACCUUCCGAGACAGCGACCCGAUGCGACUCGUCGAUCCGAGGCACCUUCCGCAAAUGAUGCCCCUGGAGGACCAUGAGCCCCCCGUGGUGGAAGGGACCCUGGGGCCCCGUAACUCCACGCCCGCCGGGGAAUACGGGGCCCCGGGGCAGCAGCACCACUCCGUGCCCUGGGUGGCGACCCUGCUGGCCGGCGUCCUCAUCACGACCAUCGUGGUGGAUGUUAUUGGGAACCUGCUGGUCAUCGUGUCCGUGUUCAGGAACAGGAAGCUCAGGAAAGCAGGAAAUGCCUUCGUGGUGAGCCUGGCCUUCGCUGACUUGGUGGUUGCCAUCUAUCCCUACCCACUGGUCCUCACCGCCAUCUUCCAUGAUGGUUGGAUCGCCGGUUACAUCCACUGUCAAAUCAGCGGCUUCCUCAUGGGCCUCAGCGUCAUUGGCUCCAUCUUUAACAUCACAGGCAUCGCCAUCAACCGCUACUGCUACAUCUGCCACAGCCUCAAGUACGACAAGCUCUUCUCCAACAGCAACACUAUGUGCUACGUCGUCCUCGUCUGGGCGCUCACCAUCCUCGCCAUCGUCCCCAACUGGUUUGUGGAGUCGCUGCAGUACGACCCGCGGGUUUAUUCCUGCACGUUCGCCCAGUCGGUCAGCUCUCUGUACACCAUCACAGUGGUGGUCGUGCACUUCAUCCUGCCAAUUGGCAUUGUCACCUACUGCUACCUGCGUAUCUGGAUUCUGGUCAUCCAGGUGAGGCGGAGGGUCAAGCCAGACUCAAGACCUAAAAUCAAGCCACACGACCUCCGCAACUUCCUCACCAUGUUUGUGGUGUUCGUGCUCUUCGCCGUCUGCUGGGCGCCGCUGAAUCUGAUCGGCCUGGCGGUGGCGCUGGACUCCAGGCUGAGCCGAGCCAUACCGGAGUGGCUGUUCACAGCCAGCUACUUCAUGGCGUACUUCAACAGCUGCCUCAAUGCCGUCGUCUACGGCGUCCUGAAUCACAACUUCAGGAAAGAGUACAAGAGGAUCGUCCUCAUCAUCUUCAAGUUCCACUGCUGAGAUG